CUGCUGCCCUCUCCCCCGCCCCCAUUCCUUCCCGCCCACGCCCAUCGCGCGCCGCCUCCUCUCCUCCUCUCGCUCCCGCGGCUUCUCGCCUCUCCGGCGGCGGCGGCGGGGGUUCAAUAUGUUGACCGGGCGGGAGAGCCUGGUCCGCCUAAUCGGCCGGCGCCGCCGCUCCCCUCUCCCCGCCUCCCUCGCCGCGCUCCUCUCUUCCUCUUCCACCUCCUCCCACCAGGCUGACAAUGCGGGAGCGGGCGAGGCGGCCAGGGAAGCGGCGGCUGCUGGCCCCUCGACGGGCCGGAGCGCCGGCGCCGACGGCGCGUCAGCGGAGUGGGUGGCGUGCCCCGUCUGCGGCGAGUCCAUCCGCGGCACGGACUACUGCGUCAACACACACCUCGAUAUAUGCCUUGCUAGAGGGUCGAAGCGGAAGCUAACACAGAGCACCCUUCUUGACUCCAGAUUCAAUAAAACAACAACAAUUGGACCCACUCUAGACAGCUUGAACAAUGGCUACGAGGCAGAAAAUGUGGGGCUGACUGAUGAAGACGUAUCUAGUGACAGAGCAUUCUUCUCGAUGAAUAGUAACACCGGGAGCUCCAAAGAUAGCACCCCCGCCUUAUCAUCUGGCUCCCUGCAUGGAUCACUUGACAUUUCCAAGACGCUUAAUAGAUGUAUGCCUUCGGAUGCUAUCCUGCCAAAUAUCAAGAUUGCUGAAAAUGGCGAUGCAGUCGAAAAGGAUUCUUCAUGCAUGCUUCCAACAGAAACAACUUCCGUCAGUAUUGAUGCAUGUACAGAUGUGGAUUCUAGCACCAAGGUAGCUGUUGACACUGUCAUAGUGGGCCGGAGGUUCCAUGAAAACGUUGAACUGCAAGAAGGAGUGGUCAUUACUGUUUCAAGAGAUCCUCAGAAUGCCAAGGACUCUGAUGCUAUCAAGGUGCUUUAUGCAGGGUCUGAAUGUGGGCAGAUGCUUGGAUACUUGCCUCGAGAGCUGGCUAAAGUUUUGGCACCUCUACUGGAUGCACAUUUUGUUGAAUGCAAGGGAUUUGUGGUUGGUUUGCCUGAACAACAGCUUGGCGAUGUGCCCAUUCAGCUUACUUGUGAGAAAUGUAACAAUGACAAUGAGACAUACAGUGAUCUGAUACAUCGACAAUCCUUAUGGGAAAGAUUUCUUGGUGCUAUUAGAAAUGGAAAUUUGCAGCGACCUAGCAGUGCAAGAUACCAAGCAAAUUUUAAUAUGAUGAUAACAGAUGUUAUGGCUAACCAUACACACCUGUCUAGUGAUAUCGAAACAUCAUUUUUAGGUUCUUUUAAGUCGUUAUCGAAUGAUGGCCAAAGGCUUUUUGUGAGGAUUUACACUCGAAAGGGGCCAUGGUUUCGAGUGAGCAGUAUCUCAUACCGGGAGAUAUCAGAUGUGGAGCAUGCAGCCAUGGAGUUAAAGUUGGCAGGUUAUAUAUACAUGCUUUCUUGCACCGAUGUUCCAUCUGAAUGUGAAAUGGAAGAGAUUCUCGAUGUACUAAGUGUUCCUGAAAUGAAAGAAAUACUAAAGGACCUCCUUAAGGUUAACACAAGCUGCACUCGUCGACCUGAGCUUCUUAGCACCCUUCUCUCUAUGUACAAUAAUGGGACCUGCACAGCUCUACCAAAGAAAAUUUUAAAAUGGACAGGAAACUGUAUAAGAACCUCUAAUAUGGCUGAUGAACUUCUUUGGCGUGUCCAGAGGCUCUUUUUUCUAAACGGUGAUCAAGAUCUUUCAUCCUUUCUAUUAGUUGAUCUUGGUCUGGUGAAGUUCCCAGACUAUACCUGCAACAUUUGCCACCGUAUUUUUAAAGAAAGAAAUGAUUUACUUGAGUACGAAGAGGCUAUUCGAGUGGCACAGUUGAUGGAUGAAUCUCUUGAUAAUGAUAACAUGGAAAUGGUGUCAAGGUGUGCUGAUUUGUCUGAGAAUCGAGUAUGCACUAUGCCAACAGAAGAAGAUAGCAACUUAGCUGAAUCUCCUCCAUCAUUCUAUUCAUGUUUUUCUUCUACUUGGGUCUAUUCAAAAGUACUUACACUAGGUGUCUCUGUUUAUGAACGCGAACGCAGGUAUGCAGAUGCAAUAAGGAUUCUAAAGAUAUUACUUAGUAAAAUUGCUUCUGGUAGGCGGCGAGGAUAUUGGACAUUGAGGCUAUCUGUUGAUUUGGAGCAUAUUGGUCGCCCAAAUGAGAGCCUUUCAGUAGCUGAAGGGGGAGUAAUUGAUCCAUGCGUCCGCGCUGGGUCAAAGAUUGCACUGCAAAAGAGAGUUGUGCGUUUAAGCAAACCUCCACGGCGCUGGAAAGUUCCCAGUUAUGCUGAUUCUCUUAGGAGAAAUAUAGAAGAGGUGAACAUCGAAGGAAGGCCAUUAAAUUGUGAAACGGGAGCAAAGAGUGUAUUUUAUGGCUAUGAUGGCGAACUUUGUGGGGUAGAGCAAUUAGCUUUGCAGUAUUAUGCUGAUGAAGGAGGCAGUUGGCAAGGUACCCACUCAGAAGGUGGCAUAUGGAUGACAAUCUUUGGCCUUCUAAUGUGGGAUGUAAUAUUUUCAGAAGUGUGCGAUGUUUUCCAGUCUAAAUUUCAGACAGCCCCUCUUGAUUUGGAAACAGAUGACUUCUACAAGUCAAGAAAGGGCCUUAUAGAGUCCCAGUUGAAAAGGAUACAAGAUGGUUUGGCUGAAGAGAUGCUUAUCACCUCUUGGGAGCUACAUCAAGGGACUUCCUGCAGGGGUAUUAAUUGGGACCGACAUUCAAUGGCGGACCUACGAGCUGCUGUUGCAUGCGUUGGUGGGCAUCGCUUGGCAUUGCUUCUUCGGCAUCUAGCCCUUGAUUACAGGAGCUGGUCUAGCGGAAUGCCCGAUUUGCUGCUAUGGCGUUUCAACGGUGAACGGGGUGGCGCUGAAGCUAAACUUGUAGAGGUCAAAGGACCAAGGGAUCAGCUCUCCGAGCAACAGCGUGCUUGGAUUUUUGUUCUAAUGGACUUCGGAUUUGAUGUGGAAGUUUGCAAAGUGAGCCUAGUUUCUAAGCGGCGAUAGUCCCCCAUUUCAAAGAGAUCUAUGUAGCUGGUGUAACAAUAUCAUUUUAUUGAUCGCUUUCAGCAUUGUUCUCAUUUAGUAUUUGCACUGACGCUGAUAGAAAAGUAAAAACAUUCAAACAAUUUGUUGUAGCUUGGAACUGAGGAAUGGUGACUUAUAGAUUUGUAGAUAAUAUGUGGCUGCUUCAGGUGGGCUAUACCACCACCAUAUCCA